ACCCCGCGGCCGCAGUACGUCACGAGCCGCCAUUUUGUGUCCGGCCUGAGUCCGCAGAGCGCAGCAGCAGCAGCCGCUUUUCUUUCCUUUUCUUUUAUUUACACUCCUCCGCCGCGGCCAACCGGGACCCCACGCUCACCACCUCUUCGCGCUGAGAUGGCCACUGAUCAUGUGAACGGGAACGGCACAGAGGAGCCCAUGGACACGGCGGCGUCGGCAGAGCGGUCGGAGAGUUUCCCCGCGCUGCUGGAGGCCGGACUCCCUCAGACCGUGGCCGAGAAGCUGGACGAGCUCUACGUGGCAGGUAUGGUGGCCCACAGCGACCUGGACGAAAGGGCCAUCGAGGCUCUGAAGGAGUUUAACGAAGAUGGAGCGCUGCAAGUUCUGCUGCAGUUUAAGGAGAGCGACCUGUCUCAUGUCCAGAACAAAAGCGCGUUCCUCUGCGGCGUGAUGAAGACGUACAGGCAGAGGGAGAAGAGCGGCGCCAAAGUCUCGGACACGAACAAAGGUCCGGACGAGGCCAAGAUCAAGGAGCUGCUGGAGCGCACGGGCUACACUCUGGACGUGACCACGGGCCAGAGGAAGUACGGAGGCCCGCCGCCCGAGAGCGUCUACUCCUGCCCCCAGCCGCCCGUAGGCACAGAGAUCUUUGUGGGUAAGAUCCCUCGGGACCUGUUUGAGGACGAGCUGGUUCCUCUGUUCGAGAAGGCCGGGCUGAUCUGGGACAUGAGGCUCAUGAUGAUGCCUCUGAGCGGCAUCAACCGCGGCUACGCCUUCGUCACCUUCUGCUCCAAAGAAGCCGCCAUGGAGGCCGUCAAACUGUACAACAACUACGAGAUCCGCCCGGGGAAGCACAUCGGCGUCUGCAUCUCCGUGGCAAACAACCGCCUGUUUGUCGGUUCGAUUCCCAAGAGCAAAACCAAGGAGCAGAUCCAGGAGGAGUUUGCCAAAGUCACAGAGGGGCUCACAGACGUGAUCUUGUACCACCAGCCCGACGACAAGAAGAAGAACCGCGGCUUCUGCUUCCUGGAGUUCGAGGAUCACAAAUCUGCCGCUCAGGCUCGACGGCGCCUCAUGAGCGGAAAGGUCAAAGUGUGGAACAACGUCACAGUCACCGUGGAGUGGGCGGAUCCCAUCGAAGACCCGGACCCCGAGGUCAUGGCGAAGGUGAAGGUGCUUUUCGUGAGGAACCUGGCAAAUGGCGUGACGGAGGAGGCCUUGGAGACGGCGUUUGGCGAAUUCGGGAAACUGGAGCGCGUCAAAAAGCUCAAAGACUACGCCUUCAUCCACUUCGAGGAGCGCGAGGGGGCGGUGAAGGCGCUGGAGGAGAUGAACGGGAAGGAGUUGGAGGGAGAGCAGAUCGAGAUCGUGUUCGCCAAACCUCCAGAUCAGAAAAGGAAGGAACGCAAGGCCCAGAGGCAGGCGGCCAAGACCCACAUGUACGAUGACUUCUAUUACUACCCCCCUCCUCACCACAUGGCUCCUCCCUCCAGGGGGCGUGGCCGCGUUGGCAGCCGCGGUGGCUACGGUUACCCUCAGGACUUUUAUGGCUAUGAUGACUACGAUUAUUACUACGGCGAUUACCACGGAGGUUACCGUGGCUACGACGACUACUACGGCUACGAAGACUUCCAGGCUCCGCCCAGAGGCCGCGGAGCACGCGCCAGGGUCGGAGCCUCUCCCGCCAGGGGGCGCGGCGUCGCCACGGGAGCGCCCAGAGCCAGGGCGGGCUUCCAGCAGCGAGGGGCGGGGCCACGGGGCAGAGGAGCCCCGCGCGGAGCGCCCCCCAGAGGCCGAGGCGCGCAGGACUCAGCCGUGCCCUCCUGCCCUGAGGACUGCUUAUGAAGCUCCCUCUGCGUGGCGCCCUCUAGCACCGGCACGCCAUUGGACCAGGGGUAAGGUCACCUGACUCCGUGGGCCAAUGGGAAGCGAGCGUCGGCCCACGCACGAGUUUGAAAGUUGGAGUGAAACGGCGGACUCAGACGUUGUCGGCCAUUUUAGAAAAGCUGUCCUAUGGUCGGUCUACCUCAGUGAAGUGCAGUCAGGCCCCAACGCGGCGCUGUCCGGGUGAGGCAGCCGCUGUGGUGAUCUGUGGCAGAGUGGUUAGCCCGUUCGCCUCACAGCAAGAGGGUCCUGAGUUUGAUUCCCGCGCGGGAGUUUGCACGUUCUGCCUGCUCCAGUUUGUCUCCCCCCAAAAUCAUAGUUGCUGAAUUUGGAUCUCAGUAAAAUAAAGAAGGAUCCGCCUCAUGUUCCCUCACGAGAAUUCUCCAUAAAUAUACAAAAACGUGACACAAAACUUCACAAACCUGAUGCGAAUUCGUUUAUCUUUCUUUCAUUUUUCAAAAUAAAACCAAAAAUAAUAAAAUGAAAAAACAAUUCUUCGUUAUUUGUCUCCAAAACCAAAAUGAAAAAAUGGAUAACGUAUGUUUCUCGUUUCCGUGAGCUCAGUGUUCCAUUUCUUUUGAAUUUCAAUUAAGAACGAAAAUCAAUAAAAUGGGGAAACGGUUUAUUUCAUUUUUCCGUUUUAAUGUCAAACAAAAACUGAUUUCGACCAAUUUUCAAUAUUUAAUUUAAAGUUAAUUUCAAAUAACACCAAUUAAAAACGGUCUCUGUGCCUGUUUCAAUUUUGAUAUUUUAUUCUCUCUGGUUUAUUUGCUCCGGAUUUAUAAUAAACUAUUUUUAUUAUAGUUCUAUGGAGACAAGUGAACAAAGUUUAUCGCUGCUUUCUGUUUCUCUUCAUGGAGUUCAAUGACUUUCUACGACCUCAAAGUAAAUGUGUCGCUAUAAAAGAAGAGACAAGUUUCUCCAUAAAACUGCAAUGAUUUUUCUGUUAAAUCCUUCUACCAGCAGAACUUCCAGGGCAAAUAAACCAGAGGGAAUAAAAUAUCAAAACUGAAACUUGCACAGACUUUUUUUGAUUGGUGUUAUUUGAAAUAAACUUUAAAUGGUGGAAAUAGAGGUUAAAAUCUGUUGUUGUUUUUUUUUGUUGGACACUAAAAUGGAAAAAUGAAAAACUGUUCUUUUUAUUUUUUGUUAACUGAAAUUCAAAAGAACAAAUGGUACACGGACUGAUGAUCAUUCGUUCAACCAUUUUCUUCAUUACUUGUAAAUAAAAAAACUGAUUCGUUUUUUCAGUUUUCGAUUUUGUUUUUUAAAUGAUUUAUGGAAAAAAUUGAUAACUGCAGUUUCUCGUUUCCGUGACUUGAACUGCACUUGUUUAACAUUUUAGACAAUCGUGUGAACAAAAUAACACUAUUUCCAAAAAAAUAUUUACAUGAAAAGUGUAUAUGUACAGCUUACACUUACCGUUAUCUUACCUGUUUUUUCCAUUAUGCAUUUAAACACAAAAUCGAAAUCUGAAAAAAACAAA